AUGCUAUUUCCAUCCGGUUGGAUAUUUCCACAGGACUCAAUAAAGAGUACUCCAUCAAUUAAACAAGGUUGCACAUAUGAGGCAGACGAAAGGUUCAGGAGAGAAGGAAUUAAAAUGAUAAUGAGCAUUGGACAAACUCUCAGAUUAAAGGUCAACCCCACAUUAGCCACAGCUGCAGUUUAUUUUCAUCGGUUUUACAUGAGUCAUAGUUUUCAGAAUACUCCACGUGAAUUGGCCGCACUAGGAUGUUUGUUCUUGGCCGGGAAGGUAGAAGAGACACCGAAGAAGGUUCGAGAUUUGUUAAGAGUAGCCCAGACUCAAUUUCCCUCCUUAUAUACGGAAACAAAACCAGAAGACAUUAUGGGAAUAGAAAGGGUUUUGUUAAGAACGUUAAAGUUCGAUCUGCAAGUGGAUCAUCCUUACAAGUAUUUAUUGGAAUAUAUUCAGAAGCAUAAUCUCAGUGCUGAGAUUUCUAAAAGAUAUAUGCAGGCAGCUUAUGCCUUCGUGAAUGACAGCUAUGCCACAACUCUCUGCCUACUCUGGGAGCCACAAGUUUUAGCAGUUGCUUUCAUUGAUCUCUCUUUCCACAUGAACACUAAAACGUAUACACCGAAACCUGACUGGUGGGACGAGCACAUUCUGAAUUUGACUUCAACGAUAGUAGAGGAUAUAUGUCAUGUGGUCUUAGAUUUCUAUUCCGUUUCGAAGUCCGAAAAGUUUGAUUUUGGAAGUUAG